UGAUUUCAAAUAGAAACACGAAUGUAAUAUUAAACAAUCGUCUGUCUGAAUUUUGAUGUGAACAAUAGUUUUGUGCAGUUCUCAGCACAGCUUUCCGUUCUAGAUUGGUGAUUUUUUGCAAUUGAAUCAUAAGACAGGUUAUCUAACUUCUCAGUGUAUCCGGUUUUAUGUGGUUAAUUUCAGGUUCAACAUUGCAUAAUAUCGCUGUGUGCGUGUUUUGUUACUUCCUAUUUCAUGACACUGGGACAUCCUUUAUUUGAUGAUAUCGAUAAAAAUACAACAUUUCCACUCCCGAUAUGACAUAGCGUAUGAAGCAGUUGUUGUCCUUUAAAAAGAACUGCAGUACGUGGACCAUGGACACAUAUUUCAUUAAGUCUUGUCGCUAGACCUGUAAUGAUAAUGGAUAAUGGAAUAUUUGUAGCUUUGACCUGUAAUCUCAGAAUAAGUCAUCCUUGUAUUUGAUGUUCAAAUUCAACAGCGGGACAUAAUCUGUUCUAGAAAAUAAAGUUCGAGUUCCAUCCAGUGAUAUAAAUCUGGCAACAAAAUACCUCAAUCCAGUGAUAUAGAAUUGACACUCACAACCCGGAAUGUCAAUUUGCACUUCUAGAGCUCAGUGCAACUUCACCUAUGAUAUCCAUUUUAAAAGGGACACGAUGUUCCACGUUAUUAAUGUUUAAAAUGCUUAACUAAGGUAUUUCGAAUGGUCAACAAAAAUUUGAAUGUCAGUUGUUGAGUUACACGGGAAAUACAGCUUUCACAAUUCAUUGUUAUGUAAACAAGGCUCGUGUCAUAUUUUUGUUUACGUACAUGUAUAGAUCGAUUAAUAGAUUGAUUAACAGAAAAUGUCAUGUUUAAAACAAAAUGAGAAACGCUAUAAACUCUCUAAUUGUGUCCAUAACAUAGAAUUUGUGAGCUCUGUAAUUCGACAAUCCCAUUGUUCGGCUAUGUCAGGCACGCAUGUAGAGGCGGUUAGAACCAACCAUCCCUAGGCUAGGUUGAAAAUGAAAAUAUAUAUUCCUCUUUGUAUGUAUUUUCAUUUGUAAAAUAUUAAAAAUAUUCAAUGCUUGUGGUCCAUGUAUUGCCGUUCUGUUUUUAAAGGACAACAAUCUGCUCUCUCUCUCUCUCUCUCUCUCUCUCUCUCUCUCUCUCUCUCAGAUUGAUCAACAUGUGAUAAAUUUUAUCAAACUGUUCUCUAUGUAAAACUUAUACGGUACCAAUUUUGAUGCACCAGAUGCGCAUUUCGACAAAUAAUGUCACUUCAGUGAUGCGACGCGCAGGGGGCGGUACCUUGACUCCAUUUGAACACGUCUGGGAUCCCUCAUACAACGUAACGAAGGUUAUAGAUACAAAUAUGCUAUUCUAAAAGGAUUUUUUUAAAAAACUCAACAACAUACAUGUAUAGGCUACCCAAGAUUUUAACGUCAGGUCAAUAAAUUAUGGUCAUUAAGGUCACCGUUACCAAUAUAUUAUAGACCUAAUGGUGGUUUUAACUCAAGAACUUUUGUCGGUUGCUUGAAGUGUUUACAGUCAGUCAUGAAAAUUUAAUGGAGUACUUGAAGUGCCUCCAUAACACUCUUCUCCCUGAGAAAGAAACAAUCUGCUCGCCACUGCAUGCUUUGUAUGUUCCCCAUGGAAAUUCCCCUACGAUGUGAUGAAAAUCAAAACAAUAUGACAUGUUUUAAAAAGCAUGCGACAUGUAAAUUUUUUCUCAAUUUCACUUCCUGUUAAUUCAGUGGAUAGUCGUAACUAAACCGCAUCAAUAGAGUUGUCAAGUUCGAUUACGCUCCCCCUGGUACGCCUCUCCAGUUAUCGCCCCUCGACCCUUAAUAAGAUAGGCAGGUGCCCCCAUGAUGUAUUCUCUCAUCAUGAGGAAAGUGCUGGCGGUUUUCGUUUGUCUUCUCUCUCCCAGUGUUUGGGCUGCAGAUUCUUGCGCGGGGCGUUGUGGACCGGGCCACGAUUCCAGUAAGACGUGUCAGUGUAACAGUUUCUGUACAACAUACGGGGACUGUUGUGCCGACUACUACGCCCUCUGUACACAGCAGACUUGCAGCGGUAGAUGUGAUGCUCCCGUGGACUCUUCGAAGCCUUGUCAGUGUAACAGCGCAUGCGUUAAUUACGGAGACUGUUGCCCAGAUUACCAAACAUUGUGCGUUGAGGGCGGCGGUAAUUUGCCGGAUAUAACAUGUGACAUUAGUUGUCUUGCCAACCAACUCUGGGACAGUGACGUAAACAAAGUCCAAGUGUGGGAGUAUGAGGUCAACCAUCAAGGGCAGACAACCACUAGUAGUACAUCGGACGAGGCAGCUAAACCACUGUUCACUUACGUCCAGGAGGCAACGGUGUUCCAGAAGCCGACCUACCAAACCUUUCUGGCUCUGCUGGACAACUACACUCCUAGUACGUCCCAGACAGAGAGCCAGGGCAGCACCGAGUGGACGGAAAUUGACGCCUUCUUGGACGCCAUAUUGACCACUGACGUCAUGAACCAUCUCUACACUUUUCUUGUACAGCAUGGCCACGUGACUGAUGCCACUUCAUACAGAGAAGUCCUGAAAGAGCUUUGGUUCAACCUGUACGCCAGAUCGAGCAGCGGACCAAUAAACAGCAGCGGAUUCGAACACGUGAUUGUUGGAGAGACGUCUACAUCAAAAGUAUCUGGGUUUCAUAACUGGAUUCAGUUUUACCUGGAGGAAAAGAAUGGUGCCAUUAAUUAUCAGGGCUGGGUGUCCAGAAGCCAGGCUUUGGAUAUAGUUGCUGCUAGGUUCACUUGGAAUGGUCUACCUAAAGCCAAAGGGUCAUUCUUUGUCGGUGUUAGUCCAGAAUUCGAUAUCGCUAUCUACACAGCGUGUGCAUUGACCAAGCCUAAUGCCAUCUGUUCCUUCACGAUGGCGGGAAAUUCACUUCAGAUCCAGACGUAUGAUGUGGCUCAUAAGACUGGACUGCAAGUGGCGACUGCGUACCCGAACAUUUAAUGAUUGCAAUAUAAUGCGUACCCGACCGUUUGAUAAUUGUAUUCCAAUGCUUGUCUGAAGAUCUAAAAUACUAAAGUAAAUUCUGGUAUGCAAA